GAGUUCUCAGUUACUGUUAGUAAACCAAUGCUUGUAACUCCAUCAAGACCCACACCUUAUGAAAUCAAGCCUGUAUCCGACAUUGAUGACCAAGAAAGCCUUCGUUUCCAAAUGUCGGUGAUCGAAUUCUAUGGUAAGGACCCCAAAAUGGAUGGUCGAGAUCCCGCGAGAGUGGUGUGGGACGCGUUGUCUGAGUCGUUGGUCUAUUACUAUCCUUAUGCUGGGAGGUUGGUAGAGGGGGAGAAGAGGAAGUUGAGUGUGGAGUGCAGUGGAGAGGGGGUUUUGUUUGUGGAAGGGGAUGCUGAUGUGAGUUUGGAGGAGUUUGGGGAUGCUCUUCAUCCUCCUUUUCCUUGUUGGGAGAGGCUCUUGAUUCAUGUACCUGGUUCCGAUGGCGUCAUAGGAUGCCCAUUGCUCUUCAUUCAGGUGGAUCAGUGUUCUAAAAUACGACUUGGCCCAACUACUCCGAUUUUGGUGGAGGCGAGUUAUUCAGUCUGAGUCCAAUAAACUCCUCAAGUCGUGAACAAUAUUGUAAUAAAAAGAAGAUUAAAGAUUAUAUAAAGGUAAUUUGGAGAACUUUUCCAAAUGGGUUAAGGCAGUGUUUUAAAAAUCGUUGAGUGGGCACGGAAUCGGUCGAUUCAAAUCGGGAGUCGAUCAUCCCGUGUCGGUUCUUAAUUCUUCUGUAAAGAAGGGAAUCAUCCGGUUCUAGUGAUUCUGUAUAGUAAAUCGCUCAAGAGAAUCGCUCGGUUCUAGCGAUUCUGUAUAGUAAAUCGCUCAAGACCCGCCCAAUUCUUCUUACAGUCAAGGGCGUAGUCCUGAUUCUGUAUAGUAAUGGUUCUUCAUUCUUAUGUAAAGAAGGGAAUCGUCGGAUUCUAGCGAUUCUGUAUAGUAAAUCACUCAAGACCCGCACAAUUCUUCUUACAGUCAAGGGCACAAUCCCAAUUCUGUAUAGUAAUGGUUCUUCAUUCUUCUGUAAAGAAGGGAAUUGCCCAGUUCUAGCGAUUAUGUAUAGU